AUUUGCUUUUCGAUAUUCCUUCUCUAGUUUUUGUUCUUUCGCUUUCCCUUCUCCAGCUCACUUCGAGCUCGCACUAGAGCUUCUUCUUGUCUAUUUUUUCCCCUCUAGCAACAAUUUUAUUCAUUUUUCGAGUUUUUUCUUUUGAUUUCUUUGGGGAGAGAGAGAUAGAGGUCUCUAGGUUUUCAAUGAGUUUGCUGGUUCUGCUGCUGCUCAUGGUCUCAGUGGCCUCUGCAGCUGAUGACGGUGCAUUCAUUGGUGUAAACAUCGGAACUGCACUAUCGGACAUGCCAUCACCAACCCAAGUAGUAGCACUCCUUAAGAAACAACAGAUUCAGCACGUUCGUCUUUAUGAUGCAGAUAUUGCUAUGCUAACUGCAUUUGCAAACAGCGGCAUAAGAGUCACUGUCUCAGUCCCUAAUGAGCAGCUCCUGGGCAUCGGCCAGUCUAACGCCACAGCUGCCAACUGGGUUUCUCGAAAUGUAGUCGCCCAUGUGCCAGCUGUCAACAUAACAGCCAUCGCCGUUGGCUCUGAAGUCCUCACUGCCCUCCCUAAUGCUGCUCCUGUACUUGUCAGCGCCCUCAAAUUUAUCCAUUCUGCUCUUGUCGCAGCAAAUCUUGACCGCCAAGUCAAAGUAUCGACUCCUCAUUCUUCCUCUAUCAUCCUUGAUUCCUUUCCUCCUUCCCAAGCCUUUUUCAACCGGUCCUUAGAUCCAGUCAUAGUCCCAAUGCUCAAGUUCCUCCAGUCGACUGGCUCAUACCUUAUGCUCAAUGUGUACCCAUACUAUGACUACAUGCAAUCGAAUGGUGUUAUCCCUUUGGAUUACGCCCUUUUCCGCCCUCUUCCACCUAACAAGGAGGCUGUCGACGCCAACACACUUCUCCACUACACAAAUGUCUUUGAUGCAGUUGUCGAUGCUGCAUACUUUGCCAUGGCUUAUUUGAACAUAACCAAUGUCCCGGUGACUGUACUCGAGUCCGGUUGGCCACGAAAAGGUGACUCAAAUGAACCUGAUGCUACCGUGGACAAUGCCAAUACCUACAAUAGCAAUCUUAUACGCCAUGUUCUCAAUACUACGGGCACACCAAAACACCCCGGCAUUGCAGUGAACACAUAUAUUUACGAGCUCUAUGACGAGGAUUUGAGGCCCGGAGCUUUAUCUGAGAAAUUUUGGGGUUUGUUUGAUGCGAAUGGGGUCCCGGUGUAUACGCUGCAUUUGAUGGGGUCGGGGAUGGUGUUGGCGAAUGAUACGACGAACAACACGUAUUGUAUAGCGAAGGAUGGGGUGGAUGAGAAGAUGUUGCAGGCAGCGUUGGAUUGGGCUUGUGGCCCUGGGAAGGUUGAUUGCUCGGAGUUGUUGCAGGGGCAGCCUUGCUAUGAUCCUGAUACGGUGGAGGCUCAUGCUACUUAUGCUUUUAAUGCGUAUUAUCAUCAGAUGGGAAUGGGAGCGGGGACUUGUGACUUUAAUGGGGUUGCUGCUAUCACUACUACUGAUCCGAGUCAUGGUCCAUGUAAAUUCCCUGGAAGCGGUGGGAAGAAUGGCAAGUUCGGAAAUGGUACAUCCCUUGCUCCUUCAGCGAAUUCUACAUCUGAUGUUUCUGGUUUUGAUCCAUACUAUUUUUCUGGCAAAUCCCUCAUCCAAGUCAUCGGAAUGCUGCUACCAAGCUUGUUCUUUUUGUAGUUUAUGGCGAACCAUUUGUUCUGGUUUUUUUAGAUUAGAUUGUGGAUCCUCGGACAAAUCUGCUUCAGUUUUUUCAGUUCUUCUGGGGAGAAGCUUAAGACGUUUCAUUUGUGUGUCCAUUUUUGUUUUGUUGGGUUGACAUGUUUCAUGAAAAGCUUUUGAAGGGAAUAAUUAUUUCCAUCAUGCUAUUUAAAUGUCAAACUGAUUAAAUCUUGUACAAAAGCCAAAGUUAUUGGUUUUUUUUGGGGGGAAAGAGGAUGCAGUUCAUUGCAGUAA